GUCCCAUCAUGGAAAAUGGCGUCAAGCAGUCUAUGGGGUUCCUUGGCUGCCAACGUAGCCAACUACGGCAAAGACUUGACGCAGGACAUUCGGGACAUUGUCAGCGGAGUCGAUGAUGAGCAUGAUAUCGAGAAGGAAGGGGGGAUAAAUGCUUCUACCCCAGGGCAAGACGAGGACUUGGAUGCGUACAUUGAAGACUUGGAGCGGUCGUUGAUUCGAAAGAAGCAGGAAGUCGAGGCUGCGUUCAAGAAGAUUGAAGACCUGGAAGCUCAAUUAGCCUUGCAGCGGGAGUCGCUCCCAUUGCCCGUCGUCGACGACACGGCCACACGUGAGCUCCAACGACGAGUGGAAAGCCUGCAGUCUCAAUUAGAGCACGACAGAGCACUGCAUGCGACCGCCAUGAACGAGGCCGUAGCGUCGUUUGACGUCAAGUUGGCUGCCGCCUUGGGAGAAGCCCAUCGAUGGCACGUCGAAUGCGAUCGCCUUUGCAGCAGCGCGGCCGCAAAAGCAAACGAGGGCGCCACGUCAGACUCACCCGCUGAUAGCCUGAUUGAAGCGAAUCCGGUUGUCGUGGACGCCGUGGCCACGUUGUCCAGCGUACUACACGCCGCCGACCUCGUGGACGACGACGCCACAAUGUCACAUAAGUUGGGCCAUUAUGCGUCGUUGGUUACGUCACGGUUGGUGGCGGCCGAAGUGGACGCGAAGGCACUGGAGACGACGUUGACGGCGUUCGUGCUGUCCCAAGGCGAGCAGCUGGACCCGCCGUUUCACUUGGCAGAGUGCAAACUCAAAUUGGACCAGGUUGGGGUCGCCCGGCGCACCGACAUGGAGCGAGUGGUGGCCGAGUUCGAACAAACGACGGGCCAACUGCAACUUGAACUGGCGGCAGCACAAGCCAAAGUUCGUGACGUGGAGCAGCGCCAUGUCCAGGAAUCUCCCGACAAUGACCAAGCUGUCCGCCACCUUCAAGACAAACUCCAUCAGAGCCAAGUGAACGUCGAGCAUCUAUCGCGUGAAUUGGAGGCGACGACGUUGGAGUUGCAGGCUGCACUGGGUGCCCGUGAUGGCGAGGAACAGUCGUCUGUCUUGGUCGAGCGCAAUAUGGAACUCGAGCGGAUGGCGUAUGCUGUCUCGGACCAGUUGGCGCAAGUAAAGGCCCAGCUGGACAUGGAACGGGCCCAGUGGGUGCAGCACGGUCGGGCCAACACGAGUGCCGUAUCGGAAGCCCAGUGGUUUGAGCUCAAGUCCACUUUGGCUCUGGUCGAAGCCGACAAGAACGUGGCGCAGCAGGACGCUGACCGACUGCACUCGGAGCUCCUCAACUUGCAUGCGGUGCUCACUCAAUUCCAAAGCCGUCGGGAGACAGAGGAGGCGCAAUGGCAGGCCAAGGAGGCGUCGUGGACGUCGAGGCUUGCCGCGCUGGAGGCGGACGUGGCCUCGUCGCGGGAGCGGCAGACGUCGACGGACGACGUUGCACUGUUGAAGCAGUCUGUGGCGAAAAAAGACGGCGAAAUCGAGCGCCUUCGAGAUGUACGUUUUUUUUGGGAAUUAUAAUUAUUUAUAACAAUUAUAUAACAGGCCCUGGAACGCAGCGCGGCGCGGUUCCACGGGGACACGGUCGAGUCGGUGGACAAACGCUUGAUGGUACAGAUGAUGGUACGGUGAAGCAGGCACAUGGAUGUCAUCCUGAUGAAAGCGCCAACACCAUGUAGAUCCAGCUCCACGAGAGCCCGAAUAAGAGCGACGUGCUGGAAGUCAUGGGGCGCAUCCUAGGCUUCACGCCAGAGGAAAACGAGCGCAUGAGAGCCCAUCCCGGUCGCCUCAAGUCGAUUCCAUUGCUCGGGUCCAUCUUUGGAAGCUCCGACGUAGCACCACCACCGCAAGACCAAGUGCACGUUGCUGGGACGACCUUUAGCGACGCAUGGGCAGACUUUUUGCUCCGUGAAACCAAAUAAGGAUAACGUUAACGUUAACGUGGAAGCGCCAGUGGUGGCAUGGUUGAGUCGUCGUGCGCGGGGGGCUUCUGUGGGCGCUAUCGGGGGGGCUUGGGUGCUGGUGGUGUCAUGGCGGUCGUGGUGAGUUCCGUGGGGCUGAUGAGACAUGGAAAUGCAAGGUUCGACCUUCACGCAUGAAGCACCUUCACUCAAUCAGACCAUUCCUCCCGUGCAUUGUGCAUGAUGAUGAAGGUUCAGGACACAUUCAGUGGUGGCACAAAGGAUCUCCUGACUUCUGGACGCAUCGGUGGAUACUCUUCCAUAGAUAGCACCUUCAAGUGUCCUCAGCCAUACGAGAAACGACAAGACGUCUCAAGUGCUACUCCACCUGAUGGAGAUCACACCAAGCAUGGAUGCGACGUCCUCAGUGAGGACGUCGCCGCCGCGUCAGAGCUUCAUUCCUGCAUGUGAUCUGGCCAAGUACGCCCCUUCUCUCUCGCUUUGAGAUGGAACUUGAAUCUAGUAUGCAAAUUCGAAGUUUGAUCUUGAAAUCGAAGUGCUCGUA